GGAGCGGCGGGAGCAUGGAGCGGGCACCGGGAGUCUUCGGGGGACCCAAGGUUGAGCUUCACGUCCACCUGGAUGGAGCCAUUAGACCAGAGACAAUCUUGUACUUUGGCAGGAAAAGAGGGAUCCCUCUCCCCGGCGACACUGUUGAGGAGCUCCUGAAGUCUGUCAGCUAUGACACACCGCUGACACUUCCCCAAUUUCUAGAGAAAUUUAAUUACUACAUGCCCGCUAUUGCGGGUGACCGUGAGGCAGUGAGGAGAAUCGCCUACGAGUUCGUGGAGACGAAGGCAAAGGAAGGAAUCGCCUACGUGGAGGUCCGGUACA